GUCCUGCAUCCUCAGCGAGGUGUCCACGCGCUCCCGCUCCAAGCUGCCUUCGGGGAAGAACGUCCUCCUGCUGGGUGAAGAUGGAGCAGGUAAAACUAGCUUAAUAGGAAAAAUUCAAGGAAUAGAGGAAUACAAAAAAGGAAGAGGAAUGGAGUAUCUGUAUUUAAACGUGCAUGAUGAAGAUCGAGACGACCAAACAAGAUGUAAUGUGUGGAUUUUGGAUGGUGACCUGUAUCACAAAGGUCUUCUUAAGUUUGCGAUGGAAGCAAGCUCUCUAAAGGACACUCUAAUUAUGUUGGUAGUAGACAUGUCUAGGCCUUGGACUGCACUGGAUUCUUUACAAAAAUGGGCAAGUGUUGUAAGAGAACAUAUUGACAAGUUAAAAAUUCCUCCUGAAGAAAUGAAAGAAAUGGAACAAAAGUUGAUAAGAGACUUCCAGGAAUAUAUAGAACCAGGCGAGGACUUUCCAGCUUCUCCACAGAGAAGAAAUACUUCAUUACAGGAAGACAAAGAUGACAGUGUGAUUUUACCCCUGGGUGCAGAUACACUAACAUGUAACUUAGGCAUUCCAGUAGUAGUAGUUUGUACAAAGUGUGAUGCCAUCGGUGUUCUGGAAAAAGAGCAUGACUACAGGGAUGAACACUUCGACUUCAUUCAGUCACACAUCAGACGGUUUUGCUUACAAUAUGGGGCAGCACUUAUUUACACUUCAGUAAAGGAGAACAAAAACGUUGAUUUAGUGUAUAAAUAUAUAGUCCAGAAGUUGUAUGGAUUUCCUUUCAAUGUUCCAGCUGUUGUUGUGGAAAAAGAUGCUGUAUUUAUUCCUGCAGGUUGGGAUAAUGACAAGAAGAUAGGGAUAUUGCACGAGAACUUUCAGACACUAAAAGCAGAAGACAGUUUUGAAGAUAUCAUAACAAAACCACCAGUCAGAAAGUUUGUUCAUGAAAAAGAAAUCGUAGCAGAGGAUGACCAAGUGUUUCUUAUGAAGCAGCAGUCACAGCUGGCGAAACAACCACCUACUGCUGCAGGAAGGCCAGUGGAUGCCUCUCCAAGAGUUCCUGGAGGAUCUCCUAGGACACCAAAUCGAUCUGUAACAUCAAAUGUGGCCAGCGUUACACCUAUCCCUACUGGGUCAAAAAAAAUUGAUCCCAAUAUGAAAGGUACCUUUUCUUCUGAGGGCACAAAUACAGUGGGGGAA